CCGGGUGGUGGGUGACCCGCCCGAUAAUAAGUCGGACUUUCUGCCCGUGGUCCUGUGUGUGUAACAGUAGUGCUUGCUCCGAGUAAACAUCCGAGUCCCUCUUUUGUUUCGUUCGGUAUUAACUCCCCGUCGGUCCAAUUGAUUUGUUGCUGCUGGGGGCGUCCCGUUUCGAUUUCUAGACGUGAAAGGAAAAGAAAAAGAUAGACAAGAUGUCUCCUCCAAUGGCUGGUGCGCGGGAGAAGGAGUCGAACCUGGCGAGGUUGUUGGGGUCCGGCUCCGCCGGUAUUGCCGAGCUCGCCAUCUUCCAUCCCGUCGAUACCAUUGCGAAGCGACUGAUGAGCAAUGAGGGGAAGGUCGCUUCCAUGUCACAGCUCAACACGGUCAUCUUCAAGGACAAAGCCGCCGCACCGCUCGGGAGGAAGUUUGUGUCGCUGUUCCCCGGACUCGGGUACGCCGCCGGCUACAAGGUGCUGCAGCGGAUAUACAAGUACGGCGGGCAGCCUGUGGCGCGCGACUACCUCACCACGCACUACGGCAAGGACUUCGAGCGCGCGUUCGGCAAGAAGACGGGCAAGGCGAUCAUGCACUCAACCGCGGGCAGUCUCAUCGGCAUCGGCGAGAUCGUGCUACUACCACUUGACGUCCUCAAGAUCAAGCGCCAGACCAACCCGGAGGCCUUCCGUGGCCGAGGCAUCUUCAAGAUCAUCAAGGACGAAGGGUUUGGCUUGUACAGGGGCUGGGGCUGGACGGCAGCGAGAAAUGCUCCGGGCUCCUUCGCGCUCUUCGGCGGUUCGGCCUUCGCCAAGGAAUUCCUCUUCAAGCUGCAAGACUACAACAAGGCCUCGUGGUUCCAGAACUUCGUCGCCUCCAUCGCGGGCGCGUCCGCCUCGCUCGUGGUGUCGGCUCCGCUCGACGUCAUCAAGACGCGCAUCCAGAACCGCAACUUCGAGAACCCGGAGAGCGGCUUCCGCAUCCUGACCAACAUGGCCAAGAACGAAGGCGCUUCGGCCUUCUUCAAAGGCCUGGUUCCCAAGCUCCUGAUGACCGGCCCCAAGCUCGUCUUCUCCUUCUGGCUGGCGCAAACACUAAUCCCCGCGUUUGACUCGGCGUUUGCCAGGAAGUGAGGAGGAUGAUGAGCGUUGGGUUUUUUGUGGGCCAUGAACGAACACGCCGUUCGACGCGCCCCGUGUAACAGUACAUAACGUAUCAAAAAGCGUAUGGUAUCGGAAUAGGGUGGGUCUUUCUUUUCAGGCGUUGUGGGAACAGACGACACCUCUCUAUGCAAUGCAGCAACGGCCGGCGGGGUAGAAAGAU